UUCCGUCCCAGGCCUCGCCGUCGUCCGCCGACAUCUUCGCGAGCUCCUUCCUCGUCCCCUCACGAUCCCCGCUGACGCCUCGUCGGGUCCACCGCAGUCGGCCGGAGGGGGGGGGGGAGAGGGAGCGAAGGACCCGUUUCCGAGCAACCAAUCGGCAGCUUCCGUGCACAGCGCCAGCCGAUAGGAACGACGCUUCUUCGGCCGGCGGGAGAAGGAGGCGGGACGCAGGCGGACGUCACUCCCGAGAAGGGGUGAAAGGCAGGCCAGAGCAAUCGAGCCGGCGCCGCCCUGGAGGCGAUCUGCGCAUGCGCGGGCGGAAGUGCUGAUUAGGGCCGGAACGGAAGUUGGCCGGAAUGGAGAUUUUCCGCCUGCGCGUCUGAGGGGGCGGCUUUCACCGACGGACCAAGAUGGCGGCGCCCAGCCCCGCGCCUGCCGCGCCUCUCCCGGAGAGCGUGGAGGGGGAUUCGGGCAACAGAGCCAAGUCGCCGGCCGUCACCCCGCAGAAGAUCCGGGAGCUGAUCGAUGGCGGCAUCGCCCCGGAGGAGGCCGGCCCGGAAGGCAAGGACACGCCUGUCUUUUCGGAAACCACAAAUGGACCCUCUCAGGUUGACGAGCUGCCUUUUGAAACCACCAGCAAAGAAGCCUUCUUCAGCAGAGUGGAAACGUUCACCUCUCUCAAAUGGGCCGGCAAGCCCCACGAACUGUCUCCCCUGAUCUGCGCCAGAUACGGAUGGACCAACAUCGAGUGCGACAUGUUGAAAUGUGCCAGCUGCCAGGCCUACCUCUGUGCCAGUCUGCAGCUGGCGUUUGACUUCAGCAAGUACAAGGAGAGGUGUUCAGCGCUGAAAAAUGCCUUGUCGACUGCACACGAGAAGUUCUGUUUCUGGCCAGACAGUCCGUGUCCAGAUCGCUUUGCCGUCUUGCUGGUCGACGAGCCCCUGGCCCUUGUCGGCGACUUCCUGGACCGCUUUCAGAGCUUGUGCCAUUUGGAGCUUCAGUUGCCCUCCCUGAAACCCGAGGAUCUGAAAAACAUGUCCCUGACGGAAGAGAAGAUCAGCGUCCUCCUCCACCUGGUUGAAGAAGAGCUUGACCGCAAAGAGCAGGGGGCAGCCAAGCGCCCUUCAGAUCUUCUGCAAGUCCACAUCCCUGCCUGCGUCUUGGCCCUCUGCGGCUGGACUAGUAGUCCUUCUUCCGGAUCCAUCUCUCUCCCUCUGAUCACCUGUUGCCGCUGCAUGCGGAAGGUAGGGCUUUGGGGUUUCCACCAGAUGGAAUCUGCUGCAUCCGAGAUGGACCCACCCUCUAGCUUCAUGACCACGCCCCCCACUCUUACCGAUGGGCGGUCAGACAAAGUGCCUACAGUCCCCACCUCUCCACGUCGGAUGAUCACCCGGAGCCAGGAUACCACCUCCCCUCCGGGCUCUGAGCAGGUAGGGCCCGGGUCCUUCAGUCUGCCUCAGGAAGGAGGAAAACCCACCAGCUGAUUAGAUUCGGGGUAGUGUGAAUGAAAGGGCAACAGCAGUAGAUAUAGCACACAUUUAAAGCGUUAUAAAAAGAAAUGUUAAGGAACUGCCCGUGCUGGAUCAGAUGGAAGAGUCUGUCUAGUUCAGCAUCCAACGUGGUGUAGU